AUGGGAAUCACAACCUAUACACAGGAAUACUCCUCCUCUGUUUCCCCAUCACGCAUGUUCCAGGCCUUGAUCAUAGACUCCAGGAAUUUGCUUCCGAAGCUCUUACCUCAGUUCGUAAAAGAUGUGAACGUAAUCCAAGGUGAUGGGGAAGCUGGAAGCAUUGAACAAGUCAACUUCAAUGAAGCUAGCCCCUUCAAAUAUCUGAAACACAGGAUUGAUGUGCUUGAUAAGGACAACUUGGUUUGCAAAUACACUAUGAUUGAAGGGGAUCCUUUGGGUGACAAACUUGAGUCUAUAGGUUAUGAGGUAAAGUUUGAGGCCACUAGUGAUGGAGGUUGCCUCUGCAAAAUGACCAGCAAUUACAAUACCAUCGGGGAGUUUGAUGUCAAGGAGGAAGAAGUAAAGGAAGGAAGGGAAAGCACUAUUGCAAUUUACAAAGUUGUGGAGUCAUACCUGCUGAAGAAUCCACAAGUAUACGCUUAG